AUGACAAGACAUGCUAGGAAUUGUACAGCAGGGGCUGUUUACACAUACCAUGAGAAACAAAAAGACGCUUCUCAGUCUGGUUACGGAACUCAAAAUGAGCGUGUCGGCAAAGAUUCCAUUAAGAGCUUUGACUGUUGUUCAAUGACAUUACAACCCUGCAGAACUCCGAUUGUUUCCCCUGAAGGUCAUCUAUUUGAUAAAGAAGCUUUAUUACAAUACAUGAUUACCAAAAAAAAUGAGUACAGUCGAAAACUGAAGGAGUACGAAAAACAGAAACACAAGGAAGAGGAAGAACUAGCUGAACUAGGUAGAGCUGAACAGCAAUCCAAAGUCAAUGAUUUUCUUAAAAGAGAAAGUAUGGUGAAAAGACAAAAUGAUAUUUACAAAAUGAAAUCUCAGAAACGAUCAGAAAAAAAUGCAUCAUCUAUUUCAAACAUGGCUAAUGGUCUGGAUAAGCAGCUGCCAAGCUUUUGGGUACCAUCGGAAACACCUGAUGCUAAUAAAGCGCCUAUGCAAAAACCAGAUAAAACUAUUUAUUGUCCAAUGAGUGGCAGACCAUUGAAGUUAAAAAACUUUGUGGACGUUAAGUGGACACUAGUAAAUGACCCAAGUGAUAAAAAAUCUUUGGCAAUUCGUGAAAAUCGUUACAUGUGUGCAGUGACACAUGACAUAUUAAGUAAUGCUGUACCUGCAGCCGUUAUUCGUACAACUGGUCAUGUGAUUACAAUGGAAUGUUUUGAGAAGCUAAUUAAAAAAGAUUGGCUACAUCCUUUGAAUGGAGAUAAAUUAACGGAAAAAGAUAUUAUACCUUUACAAAGGGGUGGAACUGGAUAUGCAACAACAAAUGUGAAUUUGCAAGGAAAAAAUGCAAGACCAGUUCUACAAGCAUAA